UGGGUCCUGCUCUACAAGACAAAGUGAUUUUGGAACCUGUGGCAAGUAGCCAUCAACUUGUGCUUCAUGCCAAGCAGUCUGAAGUCAUGUCCGGUGAUCAGAAAGUGUUGUUAAAAGGGCAUUCAUCUCAGUAUGUCAAGCUUAAUGUUGGUGGUCGCUUGUAUUAUACUACGAUCGGCACACUGACAAAACAUAAUGAUACAAUGCUAAGCGCUAUGUUUAGUGGACGCAUGGAGGUGCUAACUGACUCAGAAGGUUGGAUAUUAAUAGAUCGCUGUGGAAAUCACUUCGGAAUCAUUCUUAACUUUUUGCGCGAUGGUAGUGUCCCAUUACCCGAAACUAACAAAGAAAUAGCUGAAUUGCUUGCAGAAUCAAAGUACUACUGCAUUACCGAGCUUGCCAUGUCAUAAAGAGGAACAACUUCUUAUCAGCGCGUCUUCGAAACCGGCUGUUAUAUUAGUGGUGCAACGACAAAACAACAAGUAUUCAUACACAAGCAC